CUGAGCGGAGCCGGGGCAGUUCCGGCGGGGAAUUUGGGGAGGGGGCGAAAUUUGGGGAGGAGCCGGCGGCCAAUGAGAGCGGCCUGGGCUGCGCUGUCGCUGCUGCUGCUGCCGGGGCUGGGCCGGAGGGGGACGGGGACGGCGACGGUGACGGUGACAGGGACGGUGACAGCGGCCACGGCCACCAAGGGCACCAUGGAGGGGACAGCGGGCGGCAGCUGCGGCACCGGGAAUGUCACCGGCAGUGGCAGCGCAGGGGACACCACGGGUGACAGAGGGGACACCGCCGGGGACACCGGGGAGCUCUCGGCCGCCUUCGUCACCUGCCCCAACCUCAGCGUGGCCACCGAGCUGGCCAGGUCCCUGGUCCAGAACCGUUUGGCCGCCUGCGUCAACAUCAUCCCUGGAGUGACCUCGGUGUACACGUGGCAGGGCAAGCUGGAGGAGGACAGCGAGGUCCUGCUGAUGAUCAAGACCCGCAGCUCCCGGGUGCCGGCGCUGAGCGACUUCGUGCGGUGGGGACGGGAACGGGGAAUUUGGGGG